AAGUGCGACAGUUUGUUCUCCUUAACGGCUGGUGAUGACAUGUCAACAACAGACAUGGCAACCAGCGGCAAUUACUGGGAAGAUUUACGUAAGCAGGCCAGGCAGCUGGAGAACGAGCUGGACCUCAAGCUGGUCUCCUUCAGCAAGCUCUGCACGAGUUACCGCAGCAACUACAGCAGCGGCCAUGACCAGCAGGCAAGAGACAGCAGGUCUGAAUCCUUCCAGGACAAUAUGCUGGUAGCCAUGACCUCCGAAGUGGAGCAGCUCUUGAAUAAACUUUCAGCGGUCAAUGACAAGAUGGCGGAGUACACAAACAGUCCUGGAGCGUUGUCGCAUAAUGCAGCGUUGAUGCACACCUUACAAAGGCACAGAGACAUUUUACAGGACUACACACACGAGUUUCACAAAACUAAAAGCAACUUCCUCAGCCUUCGGGAGCGGGAGGACCUGCUGGGUUCGGUUCACAGAGACAUCGAAUCCUACAAGAGCAACUCAGGGGUGAACAACAGAAGGACCGAGCUCUUUCUGAAGGAACAUGAACAUCUACGGAACUCAAAUAGUCUCAUCGACAAUGCAAUAAGCAUCGCCAUGGCUACAAAGGAGAACAUCACAUUUCAGCGUGGGAUGCUGAAGUCCAUUCAAACAAGGGUCACAACUUUGGCCAAUCGUUUCCCUGCUAUCAACAGCCUCAUCCAGAAAAUCAAUUUGCGAAAGAGGAGGGACUCUUUAAUCCUAGGUGGAGUGAUUGGCAUCUGCACCAUUCUACUUUUGCUCUACACUUUCCACUAAAUUAUUGUCUGUAACUCAAAUUGAGUGUUGCCAAGAGAUCUAUACGCUUUCCUGUAUUGUAAACCCAAUAAAGUUAUGUUUAAUUUGUACAUUGCUGCUUAUUUUCUUGUAAGGUGAACAUUAUAAAUGCAUAAAGAGAUUUUACUGGGAUGCCGUACUGUUGAUGUACGAUUUUGUUAAUUAAAAGGUGGUGAGCUUUCAAAUGGG